CCCGACCUCGGCCCCCGCGGAGCCCCCGGAGCCCCCGCCGCCGCCGCCAUGCCCAGGCCGCUCAGCGCCCUCCCAUCAGUAAACUGAGACCCACGUAAGUGCCUUGCCCAAGGACACCCAGAUUGUAAACAUCGGAAACUGCGUGUGAACCCAUUUCACAGGUUUUCUUGCCUCCAAGAGCAAUCACUUUCCUUCAGUUGCUGGAUUUUAUGAACAGGGCAGUCCGAACCAGGCAAGGAGGAUGUCCACCACCAGGAAGGUCAGCCUGUCUGUAAGCAAAGUGAGCAUAAACCACAGUAAAGUCAGCCUGAGCCAAAGCAGAACAGUGCUGUCAAGAACCACAAGUGGGCUCACGGAGGGCAAAGAGAAAGUGUCCUUGCACCAUCCAAGGCGGCACAUCCAGGUAUUUGAUGAACUUGGGAAUGACGUCACUCCUAGACCCCUUUUCCGUCCAGAUCCACAUUUUCCUGGAUCCAGAAAGCCUAGUAGGCUGCUCGUGUCCCAGGAUGUGUCUCUUGGAUCAGACUAUGCAGGCUCCUACACCAUGUUUCAGAAUACCUUGAACCCCAGUCUGGUGGGGCAGUUCACAAGGUCAGCAUUAGGGAGCAGCACUGUUUCUAAGUCAAGUGCAUCUACAACGGAGUCCAUGGGAGAAGACCUGGAAGAGUCACCUUAUAGACGAGAAGCAGUAUCCAUUUAUGUUGAUCUCCAACUUAAGAAAGAAGUGCCCAAAGUCCUAACGAAAGAAGAAUUAGAUGCUGAAGUGGACAUCUACCUCUCUGAGACGGAAACCCUGUGGCUCUUUAAUCUCCCAACAGUCAUGCAUUCUAUAGAGUCUGAAGAAGCUGAGAAAAUAAAGGAACGGAACAUGCUCUAUGAGACUCUUUGUAAAAAUCGAGCUGGCAACGACUUAUAUGUUGAAAGGGUGAUGCAGACUUUUACUGGAGCGCCCAAGCACAAGGAAGUUCAGUGUGAUAAAAUCCUAACAGAAGAAAAAGCCUGUAGUCUUGCAGGUAUUGCUAACAUCAUCCAGGAAGCCCCGGAUCAUCCUGAAGUAGGCAUAAUGUCCACCACUUGGACUUUGUAUGAUGCUUAUAACGCCUUGGAAUUUCCUGCUUCAACAAUGAAACCAGAAACAGGGAAGUCAGAAAGUAUGCUAGAGGUGGUGAGGAAGGACCAGGACUCCAAAUAUCUGAGCACUACAGACAGAACGAGUGAAAACAGUUCUACAAUCGAUGUUGAAAGCAUCAUUAUGAUCAAAAUUCAUGAGGAAGAGGAAGAUCGUUCAGAGUUGAUAUUGAAGUCGGAAAAAUUUCAACAGGAUUUAUUUUUCAUGGAGAGGGUUCUCAUGGAAAAUAUAUUUCAACCGAAACUCGCAGCUUAUCGACAGCUUCCUAUCCUAGAAGGCAAGGAAGAAGAGAAGAAGAAAGAAGAAGAAGAAGAAGAAGAAGAAGAAGAAGAAGAAGAAGAGAGUUAUCCCCAAGUAGAAAAGGUUAAGCAGAGUGAGGAUGACGAAGAUACAGAAGUUACUGAAGAGGAGUCUGUGGAGGCUGUGGAAGAACCCAUCCCACCCAAUCUAGAACGACUGUGGUCGUUUUCUUGUGACCUAACAAAAGGACAUAAUGUGAGCAGUAUGGCCUGGAACAAAGCAAACCCGGACCUGUUGGCUGUUGGUUACGGGCAGUUCGGCUUCAGAGAGCAGAAGAGAGGACUGGCUUGCUGCUGGUCACUAAAGAAUCCACUGUGGCCAGAACGUGUUUAUCCGAGUCUCCAUGGAGUGACAUCUGUGGAUUUCUCUAUAGGAUCCCCUAACCUUCUCGCUGUUGGAUUUUACAAUGGUACCAUUGCCAUCUACAACGUGCAGAACAACAAUAGAGUUCCUGUCCUGGACAGUAGUGAAUUUCAUCAGAAGCACAUCGGGCCAAUUUGGCAAGUCCAAUGGGUAGAGCAGGACCGAGGAACGGCAGGUGAAGAAAAAAGGGAAAUACUCGUUACUGUUGGGGCUGAUGGAAGAAUCUCCAAGUGGGUCAUACAGAAAGGACUGAUUUGUCACGAUUUGAUGAAACUGAAGAGAACAUCAAUGGACAAGCAGAAAAAGGAAAAUGAGAGAGAGAAGAAAAGCGAAGCUUUGAUAUCUCGGCAGGCUCCCGGAAUGUGUUUUGCUUUUCACCCCAGGGACACAAAUAUCUAUCUGGCUGGUACAGAAGAAGGUCACAUUCAUAAAUGCUCUUGUUCAUAUAAUGAACAGUACCUGGAUACCUACAAAGGUCACAAGGGUCCUGUGUACAGGAUAGCAUGGAACCCAUUUUGCUAUGAAGUGUUCCUAAGCUGCUCUGCAGACUGGGGUGUGAAUCUCUGGCAACAGGACGACUUUAAGCCAUAUUUGAGUUUUUAUACGACUACUCAUGUGAUUUAUGAUAUUGCCUGGUCUCCAAAGUCAUCCUACAUUUUUGCAGCAGCAAAUGAGCAUAGAGUAGAGAUCUGGGACCUCCACUGCAGUAUUUUGGACCCUAUCGUUGUGAAUAUAGCUAACCCAGGAGUGAAAUUUACAACCGUCCUUUUUGCUAAAAAUACUGAUUGUAUUUUAAUUGGUGAUAGUGAAGGACAAGUUAUCGUGUAUGAAUUGAAGAACAUGCCGAUUCACACAGAGAGUGGCCGGGAGGAUGCCAUUGACCUUUUACUUGGACCUGAGGCACAUAGUAUUUAGUAAUUUGUGGAUGCUGAUACUUUUUAUAAAGAGAAAGUAGACUGGUUUUUUAUAUCAAAUAGCAGCUAUCUUCUGUGCCUUAGAUUGACUCUUUGAUUUUGCCUUAGACAGAAUAUUACGUGUGUUUUUACUUUGUAAUUAAUUUAAGCAUAAAUCAAAUGAAAGGGUUGUUGGUACAUCUCAUAUGUGAUUUAAACUGAUUAUAUAAAACGGUCAGAAGUUCUCCAGCUUUCCCAUGGAAGCUCUUCAACCGUGGGUAGUGAAAUUACCUAUCAUUUAGUUGGUGUAACUGCAAUCCAAAUUAUAAGAAAAAUACUCUGACUUUAAUAACAUAACUUGACAAUUAUUUUUUGAUUCCAAACUUUGGUAUGUAUUAACAGUAAAAAGUCCUAAGGGCUCUGAAUAAAGAAUAAUUCUUCA